CCUCCCUGACUGGAACGAAGGAAAGAGAGAGAAAGCAGAGAAUGGAGAACGAGAGCGAAAGAGAAGAGAUAGAGGAGAGCUCCAAGAUCGACCAUGAAUCUUCAAAACCCCAUAAACCUAACAAACCUCCCCGAACCGUGAAGACCAAAGUUCCAGAGGUGGAAAUCCGCCUCUUUCGACGAGGCAAAGGCCCCAUUGACGUCUUCAAAUCCAGCCUAGGAGGUUGGGAUCAGAACCAGUUGGAGGUCUCCGACAUUCUUGAGAAAUAUAGUUUCAAAUCGAUUUUCGCUUUCAAUCCUGAAUCGGGAAGAGGCGUUUCUAUCCGUUUCAAUCCUCGAAAUGGUAGAUCCUUGCUCCCUUACACAGAUGGAUCGGUGAUCUUCAUAGAUGGAGAGCCAAAGGACUCGAUGGUCAAACCUAUAACCAAGAUUGCGAUAGGGAUAGCUUUAAUGACCUUUUUAAUAGUAAUGCUUUUCAAGGAAACUCCAGACUGGAUGAAGAGAUUUAACUUAAUAGGUGGGACCUUCCCUCCAUGGGUUCUGGCUUGUGCAGUUAUAGUUUUCACUCGACUGAGGAAGAGAACUAGGGACAUUUUGAAAAGGUAUGGCUGGUGAAUAGAUAUCAUCUGCAUUUUUCUGUGACCUGUUUUAUUCUUGUUGACAUUGGGAGAGCCAUACACGGAUAAACGGUGUAGCAUGAGAUGCUUCACACUGAAACUUUUGGUAAUUGUUCAA